CGUUUCUCUGACUCCCAGAUCCUCUCGAUUAGUUUAAUUCAUCUCCCAAGCAAAAGCUUCUUAUAGAUCUUCCUCGUCUGAAUUUCACCUCUCUUCUAAAUGUGGUUGUAUGCAGAAACACCAUGACUUUGGCUUCUCCUCGAAGAGUUUCUUCAAUUGCAUUUGCUAUCGGUGGAUUGGCUUCUUUCUUCAUCUUCGCUUCUCUGCUUCUUCUCACGCAUCCAAUCGGUUCUUCCGUUUCUGGGUAUUUCUACGGGACUGAGACCACUCAACAUGUCGAAUUUCACCAUAGUAGCGACGACAUUGGUACUUCUGAUUCGAACCCGUCUCUUGAUUCUAGCUCAGACUCACCGCCAUUGACACGAGACAGAGAGGAUCCCAAUGAAUCCACCGAUGCUAGAUUAGGUGAAGAAACCAAAUCAGGAAGGUCUACAAAUAUUUCCAUGGAUGAAGAAGAAGCUACGCAAGAUUCAGUUGAAACAGAAUGUGAUCUGUAUCAUGGUAACUGGUUUUAUGAUCCAAUGGGACCGUCGUACACGAACAACUCUUGCCCUCUUCUGACACAGAUGCAAAACUGCCAGGGCAAUGGAAGGCCAGACAAGGGCUAUGAGAACUGGAGAUGGAAACCGUCUCAGUGUGAUCUUCCACGGUUUGAUGCCAAGAAAUUUCUCGAGUUAAUGAAGGGCAAGACACUAGCUUUUAUAGGUGAUUCUGUUGCUCGUAAUCAGAUGGAGUCCAUGAUGUGCCUUCUUUGGCAGGUGGAAACUCCGGUUAACCGUGGGAACCGAAAGAUGCAGAGAUGGUAUUUUAGGUCAUCAUCAGUAAUGAUAGCUCGGAUGUGGUCAUCUUGGCUCGUCCAUCAGUUCAACGAACCGUUUGGUUUUGCUCCACAAGGUGUAACCAAACUCAAGCUAGACCAACCAGAUGAGCGCAUAAUCGAAGCUCUUCCCAAGUUCGAUGUGGUUGUGCUUUCAUCAGGUCACUGGUUCGCAAAACAGUCUGUCUACAUUUUAAACGACGAGAUCGUUGGAGGACAGUUAUGGUGGCCUGACAAAUCAAAACAGGAAAAUGUGAACAACGUCGAAGCAUUUGGGAUCUCUGUUGAAACAAUCCUCAAGGCAAUAGCUAAACACCCAAACUACAAGGGUCUAACCAUCUUGCGGACUUGGUCGCCUGACCAUUACGAGGGCGGUGCGUGGAACACCGGUGGGUCAUGUACGGGUAAAGUAGAGCCGCUUUCUCCAGGGAAGCUGGUUAAAAACGGGUUCACGGAGAUAAUGCAUGAGAAGCAAGCAACAGGGUUUCAACGAGCUGUGGCUGAUGAUAAACUCGGGAAUAGAUCGAAGAAGCUGAAGCUAAUGGAUAUCACUGAGGCUUUCGGGUAUCGCCACGAUGGUCAUCCUGGCCCGUACAGGAGUCCUGACCCCAAAAAGAUCACGAAACGUGGACCGGACGGUCAGCCUCCGCCACAGGAUUGCUUGCACUGGUGCAUGCCAGGGCCGGUGGACACGUGGAAUGAGAUGGUGCUUGAGAUUAUAAGGAGAGAUAUGGAGGGUGGACGAAGUUGACCUUCAUCUUGUUCUAGGAACAAAGAGAUCAAUAUGUACACAUAGAAGAGGAGGAUCUUAUUCAUACCACGGAUUAGUUGAGUAUAAGGACUUCUAAUUUAUAUGGUUAUUACUUGUAAACUCAUUACACUGAGCUCUAGGUCUGCUUUUUACAUACAAAUGUAACUUACACUUUUUAAUUCUAAGAGAAUAUAGGCAUAUCCCAG